AUGGCGAUUGGAUUGCUUCUCCCUAUUCGAAUUGCUCAAGCAGUUUUCGCUGUUGUCGUACUUGGCUUGUCUGGAUAUGUUUCCCACUGGUACAAUGCCGAUACCUUGACCGCAUCUCCUUCGCAAAUCAACUUCUUGGUCUUCGUACCAGUCUUCACUUUGAUUUCCAUUCUCUAUCUUGAAGUUGCACCCCGCUUCAUGUCAAAAGCAUCCCACCCAUACGCUCAUCUCUCCCUCGAGCUUCUUAAUGUUCUUUUCUACUUCGCAGGCUUCAUCGCAAUCUCCGUCUUCAUUAGCAAGCUUCUCUUCUGCCGUGGCUCUGUUUGUUCAGCAGCUCGCGCUGAUGCAGUCUUUGGCGCUUUCAGCUGGUUACUUUGGAUGGGAAGCAGUGCCAUCCUCGCAAUGGAGAUGUUCAAGGGAGGACUGCCAAAACUUUACCCGCAGCCAAAUAUGGCCAUGAAGGAGACUACCAACCCAGUGUAA